AUAGUAAAGAGUUAGAUAUAUUUUCGGAAAAAUGGCAAUCUCUCAUUUUGUUCUUAUUCAUACCGUAUGCUAUGGUGCAUGGACUUGGUAUAAGCUCACACCUGUCCUUGAGGCAGCUGGCCACAAGGUCACUGCAUUGGACCUUGCAGCCAGUGGUAUUGACCCAAGGCAAAUUGAGCAGAUUGGAUCCUUUGAUGAGUACUCUGAACCCUUAUUGACGUUCAUGGCAUCACUCCCAGAAGGAGAAAAGGUGAUAUUGGUAGGAGAGAGCUGUGGAGGCCUUAAUGUCGCUAUUGCUGCUGAUAAAUACCCAGAAAAGAUUGCAGCUGUUGUUUUCGUCAAUGGACUAAUGCCGGACACUGAUCACAGCCCAUCUUAUGCUUUGGAUAAGCAUAUGAUGGCCAUUCCCAAAAAGGACACCGUACCUUUUACGUACGUUAACAAGGCCGAGACUAUAACUGGAUGGAAAAUGGGCUUCAAGUUUUUAAGUGAGAAUGUAUUUACGGCAUGCACUCCCGAGGAUUGUAAGCUGGCAACGAUGUUGCUAAGGAAGGGAUCAUUAUUUCAAAGUAUUUUAGCUAAACGGGAAAAAUUCACUAAGGAGGGAUACGGAUCGAUUAAGAGAAUUUAUGUGUAUACCGACUCAGACGAAAUAUUUAAACCAUACUUUCACAGUUGGCAAAUAGAAAACUACAAACCAGACAAGGUUUAUAAGAUCGAAGGUGGAGAUCAAAAGUUGAUGCUUUCAAAGACUAAUGAGCUAGCUCAGAUUCUCAAUGAGGUGGCUGAUACAUAUAUGCAUCAUGUUUGCCUUUGAAUCAUUUAUUAUUAUGUGUGGGUGCAACUAUAAAUAAAUUAUCUCACGUUUUCACGUGAAAAAGAUUAUUUGGUAUACCAUAAUAUAUGUAAUGCAAUCAAAUAUUAUAUUUAAUUCAAUAAAAAGAAAAGUUGAUUGUAUUUUAUUGUA